AUGGACUCGAGCCCAGCUGGCACCCCCAGUCCGCAGCUCCCGAGGGCCAACGGGAAUAUCAACCUGGGGCCUUCUGCCAACCCAAAUGCCCGGCCCACGGACUUUGACUUCCUCAAAGUCAUUGGCAAAGGAAACUAUGGGAAGGUCCUACUGGCCAAGCACAAGUCCGACGGGAUGUUCUACGCAGUGAAGGUGCUGCAGAAAAAGUCCAUCUUAAAGAAGAAAGAGCAGAGCCACAUCAUGGCCGAGCGCAGCGUGCUCCUGAAGAACGUGCGCCAUCCCUUCCUCGUGGGCCUGCGCUACUCCUUCCAGACCUCCGAGAAGCUCUACUUCGUGCUGGACUAUGUCAACGGGGGAGAGCUUUUCUUCCACCUGCAGCGGGAGCGCCGGUUCCUUGAGCCCCGGGCCCGGUUCUACGCCGCCGAGGUGGCCAGCGCCAUUGGCUACCUGCACUCCCUCAACAUCAUUUACAGGGACCUGAAACCAGAAAACAUUCUCUUGGACUGCCAGGGACACGUGGUGCUGACAGACUUUGGCCUCUGCAAGGAGGGUGUAGAGCCCGAGGAGACCACAUCCACGUUUUGUGGGACCCCCGAGUACUUGGCUCCGGAAGUGCUCCGUAAGGAGCCUUACGAUCGGGCAGUGGAUUGGUGGUGCUUGGGAGCGGUGCUCUACGAGAUGCUACACGGCCUGCCGCCCUUCUACAGCCAAGACGUGUCACAGAUGUAUGAGAACAUUCUGCACCAGCCGCUACGGAUUCCUGGGGGCCGGACGGUGGCCGCCUGCGACCUCCUGCAAGCCCUGCUCCACAAAGACCAGAGGCAGCGGCUGGGCUCCAAAACAGACUUUCUUGAGAUAAAGAGCCAUGUAUUCUUCAGCCCCAUAAACUGGGAUGACUUGUACCACAAGAGGCUGACUCCACCCUUCAACCCAAAUGUGGCAGGACCUGCUGACUUGAAACACUUUGACCCAGAGUUCACACAGGAAGCUGUGUCAAAGUCCAUUGGCUGCACUCCUGACACCAUGGCGAGCAGCUCUGGGGCCUCCAGUGCCUUCCUGGGAUUCUCCUAUGCGCCAGAGGAUGAUGCCAUCUUGGAUUGCUAG